GCAGCGAGCAUGCGCCGAGCCCGCGCUCAUCGAUCCCCCAACAUUUGACAGUUCCCCCGAUGUUUUGAGCCACAGCUCGCGUUUCCACAACAAAGUAAACAAAAAUGGCUCUGGACUUCUCCGCCACGUAUAAACUGCUGGUCUUAGGUGAUUCCAAUGUGGGCAAGACGUGCAUCGUGCACAGAUACUGUGACGAGAGGUACUACGACAUCUAUAUCUCCACGAUAGGAAUAGACUUCAAACAGAAGAUAAUCAACCUGGACGGGGUGCCGAUCAAGCUGCAGAUAUGGGACACGGCGGGCCAAGAGAGGUUCCGUACCCUCACCACUGCCUACUACCGCGGGGCCAUGGGCAUCAUACUCAUGUAUGACAUCACCAACCUCGAGUCCUUCAACCACCUCUCCUAUUGGCUGAGGAAUAUACAGGAGUAUGCGUCGCCAGAUGUCAUCAAGGUGCUGGUGGGAAACAAAUGCGAUGUUCACGACAAUCAUAGAGCUGUACCCAAAGAAAGAGGACAAAAGAUAGCAGAUGACUUCGAUAUGCCCUUUUUCGAAGUUUCUUGCAAGAAUAAUAUUAACAUUGAAGAAGCGUUUGUUACAUUAGCAAGGCAAAUUAGAGAAUACAGAGAGACUAGGGCCGACGCCUUUGAAUUAAAAGAAAGAGACAACGUCAUCAAUGCAACAGAGCCAGAGGGAGACGCCAGCAAGUGCGCGUGUUAACCUCACGGGCGGGCUUCGGACAAACUAAAUGGCUAUUUAAUCAACGAUUACUAUAAAAGUCAGUAAACAGACAAUAGUAGGUAAUCCGACCAUCGACGGAAGCUGUACUGUAUUGUCAGUUUAUUGACAAAAAAUUAUGUAACGAUCUUAUAGUACUUUAAAUUGUUGUCGUUUUCUACAUUUUGGGUACAGUUUUGUAGACGCUUAAUAUUGACUUCGUCUAUAAAGGCAGACGGGAAAGAUUCGCUUUUUAAACAGAGACUGAUAGAUGCCAAAAGUAAGAUUUGUAGUCAGUUGAAAUAAGGCGGAUACUCGCAGGAAACUGUACCUUUAAUAUUGAGAAAAGUAUUAAAAUAGCUUGCGCCGUGUGCUACUGUCUUGCACACCUUCCAGUGCAUUUCCGCACCGCAUAAUGUGUAAAUAGUUGUUAUAUUGUUGUGGCCGGGCUGCGUAUAUGGCUUUCCUAGCUCUACUGGAACCCUCCCUAUGAAACAAUAUCGCGUAGACUUUUGUGCGCUAAAGCAUCUACAAACCUACAUUCACUUCGUCUGCCGUGGCGUCGAAAUAGAGUAGGUAGGUGGGUUUUGUAAGGUCUAUGUCUCAGAGCAAAAGCCUAAUCUACUUCAGCGUGGCUUACUUGUCUAAGACUUCAGCUCUACCAGAAAGCCAUAUACGCGGCCGGCGCUUGCCGCGUCCAAUGAAUGUUUCAUGACCCGGCGGUGUCAGCGCGGCUGCGUUUAGCUAAAUUGUAUAAUUUCAAUGUCUCGUACGAGAAAAUAUCAUAGGUACUAUACUAGAAUUCAACAAGACGACGAUAAAAUAACAGGCUCUUUCACAAGCGUAUUUCGCUCCGCACCUGACUAAAGCAUACUAUUUAACAUAAUAAUUUAAUUGAGUGAUGAAGAGUCUUAAAGUUUUGGAGAUGACUGGAGAUAUGCUGUGGCAUGGAUACCUAAGAAUCUAUUGUACAUUUAGGUCAGGAGCAGAACCGUAUUUGUGUGCUAGAGUAGUGCAUGAGUUAACUGUACCUAGACCUA